UUUUCCUUUUGAAUUUUAUGCACACUAUCUGUUUGUUGUUAUUUUUCUUUACAUGUACUUCAAAUGUGUAAACUUUACACCAGAAAUGUUCACCAGGGAUUUUACCUUUUGAAAACAAAAGAACAAAAGGUGAUGGUGGAGUAGGAUUUGGAACCAUCAAAGGUUAGAUUCUUAUGUUUUGGUUGGUUGGAAAAAAAGCUAACCUAGUGCUUGUAUACUUCAGAAGAAAAAGUUAAUCCGUUUGGUUGUCAGAAUCUUGAUAUUAAUUGUGGGUGGCCUUUUAAUUCAUGUCGAUUUCUACAGUAAAUGUGAACUACUUUUUAGGUUUUAAUAGUGAGACAGCAAAGAACCCGAGGUUAGCUUUUUUGUUUUCUCGUUAGUCCUAUUUCUAGACUUGAAAUUCUUGAGAUUAUCAAAUUAUUGAUUACUGGGUAGGAAUCUUCAAUGUGAAUUAUAAAAGAAAAAACAUAUAUUUCUUCUGAAGAAACCCUUUGAAUUGAUUUAUUUUGGUUUCGUUAAAAGUUCUUUUAGGAAGUUUGUUUCCUGUUUAUGUGAUAAUUCUAGACAGUGGAUUUAGACAAGCCCAGAUGUCUGCGGAUGAGCCUGGCAAUAGCUCCGAGUGGAGUAGAGAGCAAGAUAAUGCAUUUGAAAAUGCCCUUGCAACUUAUCCCGAGGACUGUUCUGAUCGGUGGGAGAAAAUUGCUGCUGCUGUACCUGGUAAAACUUUGGAAGAGAUUAAAGAACACUACGAGAUUCUAGUGGACGACGUUAACAGGAUUGAAUCUGGCUUUGUGCCUCUCCCUCCUUAUGAUUCUGCUUACAGUUCAGUGGGUCAAGCUGGUAGUGAAGGAACUGGUAAGAAAGGAAAUAACAAUUUAGGGCAUAAUAACAAUGUGUCAAACCAUGGGGUUAAGAAUUUGAGGUCCGAUCAGGAGCGUCGCAAGGGGACUGCUUGGACGGAGGAGGAGCACAGGUUAUUUCUUCUUGGUUUAGAAAAAUAUGGGAAAGGUGACUGGCGAAGCAUAUCCCGGAACUAUGUGGUCUCAAGAACACCAACGCAAGUGGCAAGUCAUGCGCAAAAGUAUUUCAUUCGAUUGAACUCCAUGCACAAAGACCGGAGGCGAUCUAGCAUCCACGAUAUCACCAGUGUUGGCAAUGGAGAUAUUUCAGCACCCCAAGGACCGAUCACUGGUCAAUCGACUGGUGCUGCAGCUGGAGGUUUGUCUGGAAAGCCAGCAAAACAACCCUCUUUACAUCCUGCUGCACCAGCUGGUGUUGGUGUGUAUGAUGCCCCGACUGUAGGGCAACCAAUAGGAGGCCCCCUUGUCUCAGCGGUUGGCACGCCAGUGAAUCUUCCCGGCUCGACACAUAUGGCUUAUGGAGUGAGAGCUCCUGUACCUGGAGCAGUGGUUCCUGGAGCUCCGGUGAGCAUGGGUCCUGCAACAUACCUGAUGCCCCAUGCAUCUUCUCAUAGGUAAUGUGUUGUUUAGCUGCCAAAUGUACACAAGGACAGAAGAUGACUAUCUUGUGCAGAUAUCGGGUUACCGGAUUUUCCAAUUUAGCCCGAAUAAGAUUUGCUUAUUUGCAAGCAUUAACUAGUUUGUCUGUCGUUUGCUUAAUCUUAAUAAACCAUAGGGAUAGUGUUUACAUGAACGUGUAUAGGCAACUCUGGAAAA